GGGGCGUGCCGCCAAGAUGGCGGCGGCGGAGGCGGCGGGACGAUGGUGGCGGUGGCGGCGCGGGCGGCUGGGCCGGGAGGCGAGGGCGAGUCUGGCCGCCUUCCUGCUGGGCGCGUCGGUGGCGGCGCUGCCGCUCGCUCUGGGCUCCCCGCCCGCCCUGCUCGCCGCCCCGGGGCUGCGGGGCCGCCUGGCGCUCGCUCUACACGUGGCCGCCGUGAACGCGGCGCUGCUGCUGCUCUACCCGAGGCCGCUCUAUAAGAUCGCCAUCCGUGCCGCCUUCCUGGGCUUCGCGUUCGGCUGCGGGCUGCUGCUGAGCGCCGGCCGCUCCGCGUGGAGGCACUUCGGAUGGUACAUGUGCUCGCUGUCGCUGUUCCAUUACUCCGAGUACCUGGUGACGGCCAUCAACAACCCGCGCAGCCUCUCGCUCGAUUCCUUCCUGCUCAACCACAGCUUCGAGUACAACCUGGCCGCACUGUCCUCAUGGGUGGAAUUCACGCUGGAGAAGCUCCUGCUGCCAGAGAUGAAGCAGAUCACCUGGCUGAGUACUGUAGGGUUAUUGAUGGUGAUCUUUGGGGAUUGUCUGAGGAAAGCUGCCAUGCUCACAGCUGGCUCCAACUUCAACCAUAUUGUUCAGAAUGAGAAAUCGGACACUCAUACUUUGGUGACAAGUGGGGUGUAUGGGUGGUUCCGACACCCGUCUUACGUGGGAUGGUUUUACUGGAGUAUUGGAACACAGGUGUUGCUCUGCAAUCCCAUCUGCAUGGUCGGCUACACUUUAGCAUCCUGGCGUUUCUUCAGGGAGAGGGUAGAAGAGGAGGAGAUCACGCUCAUUCACUUCUUUGGAGAGGAAUAUCUGGAGUACAAAAGGAAGGUGCCGUCAGGUCUCCCUUUUAUUAGAGGAGUGAAAGUGGAACUGUAACGCAGGCUGGAACCGGACAGGUUGAGCAAACCUCCAGCUCUGGGUGAGGAACUAUGCAUAGUGCUGGCGCCGAGCAGCCUGCUCCCAUUUCCCGGCUGUCCGCUCGCUGAGGGCUGCAGGGCUGGGCAGCCUUCCAGGUCACUAGGAGAUCAGCAGCUCGUUCAUCCUCCUCGAUAAGAGUCCUCUGUUGCACAUUCAGGGAUCUUCUGGAUAACUUAGCCUAUAGCAAUCUUAAAGAGAAACGAUCCUCCUGCCUGAAACAGCUGAAUUGUACUGAAGCUCACGUGGACUGAUGCUUUUGGAGAAUGAGUUUUGCCCUUCCCACCCCUGCGCUGGAAAGGUGCCAGCUGGAACGUUGUUCUUAUGGCAUAACAAUUUUAAAGCUCUUUGACCUUACAAGCCAGACAGCACAGCUUCAAUCCCCGGAGGCCUGGUCCUGCAAGCCCCUGGCUGCUGCUCGGACAGCUUGCAGGAGCACGCUUCUCUCUUUUGUCUUGUUAGAUGCACCGCUCUGUGGCACAUCUGGGUGUCAGCUGGCAGCACGGCACAGAUUGGGGCUCCCCUGAUGGAGCCUCCUCUGUGCUCCCGGCACUCUUGCAUUGCCGGCUCCUCCAUGCCAUGGCUGGGGGAUGAGCUGGCUCUCGUUUCUCUCAGUGAGCUCAGGAGCCAUCCGGCUGCUUCUUUCCCAAACCUCCUUGCUGUGUCUGCUCAGUCCAUGCAGAUGGUGCUCAUCCAAGACCUGCUUCCAAAUCGUGCUGCUUCCUGCCCCGCCAGGCGCCUUCACUGGCCGGCUCUGUCCCCGGAGAUCCCAGGGCUUUGGUUUGGAGCGUUGGGAGGGGGCUUCCAGAGAGCUGCAGUGCUUGGGUGAGGGGAAACCUGGGGUGUCGGUGAUGGUGGGAGAAGCUCCUCCCAGGGAAAUCCUCUCUAAACAAGAAGAGUUUGGCUAGCUAACGCUAUUUUAAACAUUGCCAUUUUGGAAAUGGUUCCUAUUCAAGCUUUGUGGUAUAAUUUAUUCUGUUGUGAUAUACCAAAGAGGUUCACUGUUUUCUUGGGUUUUACGUCAUUCUUCCUUGCUGGAAUGGAAACGAGUCGCUUGUCAGUACACGCUUCGGGCUUGCAGUAUUCCUUGGCAAGGUACUGUGAUUCAGCUCAGGAAAGAAGGCACUGAUGGGAAUCGCUUUUGUGACUUUUUAUAAAAGAGAUUAAAAAAGAAACAAACCAAGAA